ACUCGCACCCUUGACACUCGCUUCAAGCCUUUCCUUUCGCUCAGAAAUCUCAGACUUGGGGUUACAGCGGCAGAGUAUUCCCAGGAAGUUUUUCCACUGGGUGGUAGUACAAGAUUCACAAGAGGCAGAGGCAUAGUUUUCUUUGCUAUCCACGCUGCUGGUGUGUUUCGCCGCAAUGCUGGUAGAGGUGGUGCUCUUUGCGGUCUUCUUGUUUCUGCUGCUGCAAGUCCUUAAGAAGCCUGCCAAUUACCCGCCUGGUCGGUGGGGGUUGCCGCUUGUAGGCUCUGUGCCUCUCCCCGGGCCCACCGUUCAGGACCACCUCAGAAACCUACACAAGAAGCAUGGCGACAUCUACCUGUGGAGGAUGGGCACACAGUUGAUGGUGUUCGUGCACGACUACCAGAUGUUGCGGGAUGCCUUCAACCGGCAGGAAUUCAUUGACAGGCCGGACUGGUUGUUGUAUAGAUCAGAAAAUAAUGUGGCUUUGGGCGUCGUGUCAAGUAACAACCUCAUCUGGCACAACAACCGCCGCUUCUCCUUGCGUCAGCUGCGAGACUUGGGCAUGGGAAAGUCCAAAUUGGUGGAGGCAGUGCAGGAGCGAGCUAUGUGGCUGGUAGAGAACUUCAGCAAGCAUGCAGGCAAUGGCGCUCCCAUCGCACUACCUAUCAAGAUAGCCAUCACCAACGUCAUCUGGCAGCUGGUGGGCGGUAAACAGUUCGAAGGCGACGAUCCUAAGAUGAUAGAAUUUGAUACCAUCAUUAAGGAUUUGGAUUCUGAGAGCAUGUAUGCUAUCCAGGACUUCCUACCGUGGAUACGAUAUCUGAUGCCUGCCGCUCUCUUCAAGCGACUCACUAAAGAUCAAGUGAUCAACAAUACGCUCGACAGAUUACUUAAGUUCUUCUAUGAAGAGAUAGAUGAGCACCAGGCUACCCUAAUCUCCGGCGAGCCGCGGGACGUGAUUGACGGCUACCUCAUGGAGAUGGAAAGCAAGAAGGACGAUCCAGACACCACCUUCAAUAGGAAAGACUUGGCCUUCUUAGUAAUGGACUUGUUCCUUGCCGGGAGUGAAACCACUUCGUCCACCCUUACCUGGUUGCUAUACUACUUGUCCAGUCAUCCUCACAUCCAGCGCAAGUUGCAGGCCGAGCUCGAUGCAGUGAUACCUGAGGGCCACCAGGCCACGCUAGGAGACAAGCCUAGACUGCCCUACUGUGAAGCUGUGAUUCAUGAGACGCUCCGUAAGUCGUCGUUGGUCACCACUGGCGUGCAUCACGUGGCCAACAGGGACACUACUCUUGGAGGUUACACCAUUCCAAAGGGUGCUGUGCUGAACACCGCCAUCUUCACUAUCCACAACGACCCCCGCUACUGGGACAAACCCGAGGAGUUCAAUCCUGAGCGCUGGCUGGACCAAGACGGCAAGUUUGUCACUAAGAAGGAAGGAUUCCUUCCCUUUGGCGUGGGCAAGCGGCAGUGCCUUGGGGAGAGUCUGGCCCGCAUGGAGAUGCUCAUCUUCACCGCUACUCUGCUCCGGCAGCUGUCCUUCGCUCCUGCACCUGGCAAGACCAUCAAUCUCAACGCUGACCCUGCCAAUCCUUUCCUUCAGCUACCUAUCGCCCAAGAACUACUUGUUACUGUCAGGACAUAAUGGUGGAAACAAACUAUAUAUCCUCCCCCUGCACCGGGAUCCACUGCACUGUACCUAUUGUAAUAAUGAUUCACUAAAUAUUUAUGAUCUUUGCUA